AUGGAAGUGGCCGACCCGCAGCCGCUGGGCAUGUUCACGGAGGGGGAGCUGAUGUCCGUGGGCAUGGACACGUUCAUUCACCGCAUCGACUCCACGGAGGUCAUCUACCAGCCGCGGCGCAAGCGGGCCAAGCUCAUCGGCAAGUACUUGAUGGGAGACCUCCUGGGAGAGGGGUCGUACGGCAAGGUGAAGGAGGUGCUGGACUCGGAGACGCUGUGCCGGAGGGCCGUCAAGAUCCUCAAGAAGAAGAAGUUGCGGAGGAUCCCCAACGGCGAGGCCAACGUCAAGAAGGAAAUCCAACUUCUGAGGAGAUUACGGCACAAAAACGUCAUCCAGCUGGUGGACGUGCUAUACAACGAAGAGAAGCAAAAAAUGUAUAUGGUGAUGGAGUACUGCGUGUGCGGCAUGCAGGAGAUGCUGGACAGCGUGCCCGAGAAGCGCUUCCCCGUGUGCCAGGCCCACGGGUACUUCUGCCAGCUGGUGGACGGCCUGGAGUACCUGCACAGCCAGGGCAUCGUGCACAAGGACAUCAAGCCAGGCAACCUGCUGCUCACCACCAGCGGCACGCUCAAGAUCUCCGACCUGGGUGUGGCCGAGGCCCUGCACCCGUUUGCUGAGGAUGACACGUGCAGGACGAGCCAGGGCUCCCCGGCGUUCCAGCCCCCGGAGAUUGCCAACGGCCUGGACACCUUCUCUGGGUUUAAGGUGGACAUCUGGUCGGCUGGGGUCACUCUCUAUAACAUCACGACAGGCCUGUACCCGUUUGAGGGGGACAACAUCUACAAGUUGUUCGAGAACAUUGGGAAGGGGGACUACACGAUCCCGGGUGACUGCGGACCCCCGCUCUCGGACUUGCUGAGAGGGAUGCUGGAGUACGAGCCCGCCCGGAGGUUCUCUAUUCAGCAGAUCAGGCAGCACAGCUGGUUCCGGAAGAAGCACGCGCCGGCCGAGGAGCCGGUGCCCAUCCCGCCAAGCGCGGACGGCAAGGACCGCUGGCGCGGCAUGACGGUGGUGCCCUACCUGGAGGACCUGCACGGCUGUGCCGACGACAAUGGGGACGAGGGCCUGUUCGAUGUCGAGGAUGACAUCAUCUACACUCAGGACUUCACGGUGCCCGGUCCCAGAGGAGGAGUCUGGGCAGAACGGGCAGAGCCGGGGCCUACCCAAAGUGCUGUGCGCCAACGGCACCGAGUCGGCGCCGCUGAGCACCAGAUCCAGGGCAGAGCGCCGGGCCAGCGCUGCCUCCAACCCCACCCGCAAGGCCUGCUCCGCCAGCAGCAAGAUCCGCCGGCUGUCGGCCUGCAAGCAGCAGUGAGGGCGGCCACCCGCAGCCCGUCUCAUGGAGCCCCAGCCAGGUGCCGCGGCCCAGGUCCUCAGUCUUCCCGCCGACUGCUGGCCCACGCCUGCUGCCCAGGAAGGCCACCGCCUCCUUGCCGACUGCCCCUUGGGAAGCCACGGGCCUUGGAGGGCUGUGGCUGGGGGACUGCAGGGUCUGGGGUCUGGCCUUUCCCUCACGGCCAGCAGACACGACCUCUUGAUGACUUUGCAGCCAUGUGCUGGGCCCCUUCCCCUGGCCCGAGGAGGAGGACGCGUGGUGGCCCGCGGCCAGGCGGGAAGCCCUUGCCGUGCACUUUAUGUUCAGACCUGCUGGCUCUCGCCCCGCCCGGACUUCCUUUCACUCUGCUCCAUGCUGGCGCCUCCCGCAGCUGGUGGUGUGCUCAGACCACGGCCGCGGGAGGAACAGGCUUGCCCGCCGAGAUGCAUGCCCCGAGCCCGAGGGAGCUGGGCCGCGGCCCUGUUGUUGUUUGGUUGGUUCUUUUUCCUUUUUUCUUUUUUUUUAAGAAAAAAAUAAAGCCGGUGGAUUUGAGCUGUGGUUGUGAAGGGUGUGUGGGAAUUGUUGGGCAGCACCGCUGUCCUGCAGGCAAUGGGUCUGAGUCCGAGCCCUCUCAGUGGACCUCCCAGCCCAGCAGGCCGGCAAGUGGUGGGACCUGGGUCCUCCUUGGGGGUCAGCCUUCAACCGUGCUGGACAUCAGUCCUGUCUGUGGUGACCGGUCUCCCCAAAGCUCAGCAGGAUCCUCAAUGCAGCCCCAGGGCCCGCCAGUGCCCAGUGGGGCAGCGGGAGAACUCCCUGAUCGCCGGACCCGGCCCGGUUUCCGAGGGCUCUGUGCUCCUGGGUCCCCAGAGAAAACGCGGACUAAGCGAGCGUGUGCGGUAAAUGUUUAUAAUCAACCAGAAAACAAACACGAGAAACACCAUCACGGGAUGGAGCACAGCCGGCAGGAAGCUCCGAGGGACGGGACGGGGGGUGGCGGGGGGGCCGCAGGCGCGGGCGGCCCCAUCUUUUGGCAAUAAAUAAAGCUCGGGAAACUUGAA